AUGAAAGUUAGGUUGGAACAAGCGAACACUGCGUUGAAAGGGUUCGAUGAGAGUUGUAAACAGCGACUGACGACUUUGGAGGAGAAGCUGUGGAAGGAGGAAUAUGCAGACAAGGCUGAGAAGGAGUUGAAGAGGGAGAAAAACGGAGCUUUUUAUAACAAAAUAUCACGAUCAGAAUCUGUCUGA